CCUGUUAUUGGGUCGUUUUACCCUCUGGACUCAUAGUUAUGUAACAGUUUGUAGCCAAAAGAAGACUAGAAGAUACCGAACUGCUGACCUCAGUGUUGUUUGUCCCGAGUGUCAGGUUUUAAAAUGGAGAGGCGAGGACUGCUUUGUGGUUUCCUUUUCUUCUUCAUCUUGACCAGUGCUGCUGCCAUCCAGACCCUGAAAGACAUUAAGGACUUGAAAAACACAAUAACUUCUAUGAAAGAAUUCCCACGACAUGGCCUCAUGCUUCUGCACUGGUUUGCUAACAAUGUCGAAGUUGAUUCAAGUGGAGAGAUCCAACUUAAUUUUGAUCCAGGACAAGGCAGCUAUGGAUUACAUUGCUGUAAAGAUACUGAUCGAAGAGCGCCUUUUGACUCUUCUGAAAGUCUUUAUUACUCUUUGGGUGACCUUGAUCGUAGAAGUGCUCGAAUGUUACCUUUUUAUGUUACUCAUGAUUUUCACCAUUCAAUGGAAUCACCUCAGAAAAAUCUGGACAGAGUGAUAAUUCAAGUUCAGAGGAGCAAUCCAGCAAAAAUAGAGAAGGUGUAUAUAACAGAGUACCAUAAGAACCACAGCCAAGGAAGCAGCUACAAUCCAGAGUGUACCUAUGAGAUCAGUGCUCAGCUCCUGAUUCAAAUUCAAGCACUUGGCACGAAUAUAAUAUGUGAUGCAUAUGAUCCUAGACUGGACUUUAGCCUAUGUGAGUUUUUGAAUCACCAACAAAAAGCUGCCAAAGUAUUAAUGAUCUAUCCAAAGACUCCAGGUCUUGAAUGGUUUUUGACUCUGGCUGGUUACAACAUCGACUCAAGGUUUGAUGUAUUUUCACAAGCAUCAUUCUGCACAAUGAACCAAACUGGUAAUCCAAAUGAUAAUUGCUCUCCACCCUCUAUUAGUAUCAGUGACGUCAUGCACAACAAAGUAAAACUAGAAGUGAAAUCCACUUCAGGUGGGUACGCAAAGAUCACAUGGAGCGGAAUACCAGAGAAUAUUGCAAGAAUGAAACCGAAAAUAGGCCUUUAUAAGGGCAGAACCAACGCGGACCCUUUGAGAGAGUAUCCACUGAAUGGAAGGACAUAUGGAUCCAUAGACACUAGCGUGCCUCUAAAUCCUGGCCUUCAGGUACAGCUUCUACAAAGUGAAAAGAUUCCUUACUACUUUUUUUUCAGAACCACAUAUUACACAACGAUCUGGAAAGGUCCAGAGCUUGAUGAAGCCAACAGGAUUCCUCCGGCUAAUAUCAGAGGUUAUAAGGGCAGCCUGCAGCUUUAUACUAAAGAUGGUUACGCCUGUGCCAGACUCUACAUCAAGAAGUCCUUCACGAAUUGGAAAAAUGUCUUCAGUAAUGCUUGGGUGGGAUUCUAUGCUAGCAAGGCAGAUGAUAAUGGGAAAUAUAAAGUGUAUGCAUGGAGUAUAGACUUUGAGAAGAGUUCAAAAGAUGACUGCCCUUUGGAUUAUGAGAUUUAUCAGUAUGAGUCCGGGGUGCAUAUUGGCCCUGGAGUCCAGGCUCGAUUUAUGCUGACCGCACAUUAUGGUAGUGAGAAAGCUCGAACUGUACCCUGGGAGGAAUAGUCAAUCUUCAGACAAUAGCUAUACUUUAAGGACAAGGUUGUCUAGUUUUUCUAGACCCUUAGCCUUUGUGCCUUGGGAAGAAUAGUCAACUUUUAAACAACAACUAACUUUCUAGGUCUACGUUUUCUAGACUAUUAACUCUUUAUAAAUAGGAUAAAUAGUCAACUUUCAGACAAUAGCUGGACUUCAACACUAGGUUCACAAGAAUGAUUACUCUAGGUUCUAGGUUACCUUGAAAAAAAGUCAACCUUUAAACAAUAAAACAACUUUUAAACAACAUAACCUCUAGGAAUUGGUUUUCUAGAAUAUUAGCCUUUGUGCCUUGGAAAGAAUAACCAUUAAACAAUAGCUUAAGCUCUAGGACUUUUUUUAACCAUUAACUCUUGUGUCUUGGUAAAAAUAGUCAUCCUUUAAACAACAGCUAAAAUACUAGGUCUAACAACAGCUAAAAUACUAGGUCUUUGUGCCUUGAGAAGAAUUGCCAACCAUCAAACAUAGCCAAACUUCUGGGACUAGGUUUUCAAGACUGUUUGUACUUUGGUGGAAUACAUAGCCUUCAGAUAACAGCUAGUUUUUCUAGAUCCUGAUCUGUUUGCCCUAUUUUUUUUCUAUUUUUCUAUUUUUUUCUGAACAUUAACAUUUCUUUUUAGUUUUAGUCUGUUCUCAGUUAUGUGUUUCUGUUCUUAGUCAUAUUAAGCUUCUUUCUCCAUAUCUAAUUUAGCUGUUUCAGAUCAAAUUAAGGAAUCUCUUGAGUCUAGAACUAAAACUGAGCCAAAUCCCCUUUUGUCUUAUGUCAUGACAGAAUUCUUACGUAAUGUGCUUUGCAAUAUAAACCAACAAAUUAUCUUCACUCCACGGACACAGUUUUAUAGACUAAAUUUCUUGCCAGGAGUCUGGGAAUACUACCAAGUGGAAACCAUCCGCCUGAUGCCAGUUUAAAACAGACUUUGCAAACUAAUACUUGGUAACAUCUGCUUGUUUGUUAGAGUUCUUUCUCCUGCAUAACACUGAUCUAUUCCUGAUAUUCCUGCUGAAAUGUAUUGCUGUAAAUUGCAUUAUAAGAACCUUGGUCAUGAAGGGUUAUGGGAUCACUAGUUGUCCCAUAACAAGUGGUUCUUGUUGUCUUGGGUAAAUCUGUACGAGUCGGGCCUCACAUCCUUUUGGGAAAAUCAUUUACACUGUGAUACAUGAGUGCUAGAAGAGAGUGGUUUCCUUGUCUAUCCUUGUCUAAGCCUUUUUAUAAAUAUCAUUUGAUAUGACAUUUAUAUUUCUGCUUGUACCAAAUAAAUCUAUAAAAUGAGAUUAAAAUGA